AUGAAAUCUAAAACUAGCUAGUAAGAAAUCAACCUUUUGGGAAAGCUAUUAGCCAAUGAACCAGAGUUCCAGCAGCUAAUAGAGUGCAGAAAUAGCAUUCAGCUGAGAGUACAUUACGUCGCCAGAAGAAGCAACCUCUCAAUGAGCAACAAUUGCCUCCAAAACCCAGACAGAAUUUUAGUCUGCCUCCAACUAUCAUUCCUGAUACUAAUUUUCAGUUGCACAAAGAUUAAGUUAGAAGUAUCAAGCCUAAUAAGAAACCUAGAACUUAUCAUGGGACGAAACAACAAGAUUAUUCAAUAACUAGUAAUGAUUCUUGAAAAUAAGAAGGUUGCUUAUUCAUAAUCUCAAUCAAAUGUCAUGAGUUAUAUCACAAGCUUCGAGGAAAUAUUAAAUCAAUUGAAAUUAAGAAAGAAGCACUUGAGAUGUAAUAUCAGCUUGAAAGGAAAGAAAAAAUCAAUAGUGGCUAGACCAUAUCUAGUGGUACCAAAGAAGAAUUUAGAAUUAAAAAUGAGCUAUUAAGAAUUAGUUGGAAAACUUGAUUAUGAUGCUAAGAAUGUUCUUACUAAUGAAGCAAAAUAAGUUGAUUUGAUUUCUAGAUAUUUCUCAAAUAAGUUGACAAGACCAUAGUAAAAUUUGCUUGUUAAGAAAUCUAGCCAAGGUCAAGAAGAUUUAUUAUAUUUGCUCAAAGUAUGGAACAACUUGAGGACUUAGAUCUAAUAAAACUCUCUUGGUUUAAAAGAUGAAUGCUUAAAGGUUAUAUCAUGUUGUUAUACUGACAGAUAACUUUACUUAAGUCCUUCAUUUAUAAAGUAUGUCACAUUUAUUACUAGCAACUGUAGAUUAUUCAAGGAUUAGAAAGUAUAUGUGCUCUAAUGA